ACUUUAACCUUACCGUACGGCAUAGCUUUUGUAAUUUCAACGGUAGUGAAAGCAGCAAAUGUAAAUAAAUGAACGCGCUUUUUCUGUGUCCCAGCUAGAGAAUGGUUGGGGAUGGAGGACUAUGUAUUUUUACCCGUGGAAAAUAUUACUAUCAGAGAUUUAUAUGACUGGUCAUUACCGAUAGAAAGAUGCAAGUCCACAAAAGUGAUGCUGUCUCCCACCAAAUCAUCCCCACGAAAAAAUGGGGUCUCAGUACCUCUUAAUGGAAAUCAAUCAACUGGAACAAUGGUUACCUCAAAUUCAGUUGAUAUAGCAUUGUUUCGAUACAAGUCUUCCGUGUUUGCCAUUAAGGAAGAAUGCCCUCAUGCAGGUGGCCCUUUGCACCUUGGUGAGAUAGAAGAUCUAGGAGAGGGUCUUUUGUGCGUGCGCUGUCCCUGGCAUGGCUGGAAGGUGGAUCUGCUCAGUGGGAAAGUGCUUGAACCCACCACCCACCAGACAGAGUCCACAGUCACCUACCCAGUGAAGGUGGAUAGCGAUGGGAAGCUUUUCAUUGGCUUUGAAGGAUUGAACCCAAAGUAUUUCAGAGUGGAGGAGUCCGAGUUUUAAUUGUGAUAAUUUCUUUUGUAAAUAGAUUUUGUAUUUUGUUAUCUGAUGUCAUUUGUUAGCAGAUAACAUAUUGUUUUACAUUUGUUUUAAUGCUUAAAAGAGACAUUUUAGUUUUUUAUUUGAGUUUUGUAUAAAGGACUAGGUUCACGAAGCAGCUUUAUAUGCCCUAUGAAAUUGUAAAAAAAUAAGUUUCAAAAAUCAUCAUAAAUGGGGUAUAUUUGUGGAGCUUAACAUCUUAUCUGUCUCAUUCAAAAGCACUUUUGCCUAACAAAUUGCGUUAAACAUCUCUACAAUUAACCAAAAACAUGUAUAGUUCAGCAGAAUAACCUAAAUUUUGACAAUUUUUGGACAUUUAAGGACAUAAUAGAAUAUGAAGGCAAGUUUCCCACACUUUCAUAUUUUAAGUUUUGAUUCAUAUUUCGGAGUUAGAUGCAAUAAAAAAAAUUCUUUGUGUCGGAAAUAUGCCUUCAUAUUUAAUUUUGAACUUUUUUGAAUUUUAAUAUUGGUAGAUGUAAGUUACAGUGUAACCCAAAUUCCUUGUUGUUUUGCACAUUAAAAGUAAAUUAUA